AUGUGGCUGCACGAGGGGCAGGAGGAAGACGACGACAAGGAAGUGACGUUCGUGAACGAGGUCCUGCCGGAUCUUUUGCUUUCCACAGACAGGCUCUGGAAUUGCACCAUCCUGAUCAAGGCCUGGGCUCAGGCUCAUGGCAUCCGCAGUUUGUUCAGUCCUUCCUUCCAUAUCUCGCAUCUCAUGGCUCUCCGUGGUGCGUUUCUUGCUUGCAUCCGUCCCUUCUGGACGCAAGCCGACGCAUACACCAAGCGGACGGGCGGACGUUUGCCUUGGCCCCUUCUGCCCGAGGCCCAGGCCAGAUCCAGCAGCGUGGCCGAGACGGAGACCACUGAAUCCCCGACCUGCACUGGAGAGCUUGAGGCCCUCAAGAAGCUGCACAUCAGCGGAGAGGGUGGUUUGUGUAACUGGCCGGGAAUCCGCUGUGAUGACAACAGCUGCGUGGUAGAGAUCACUCGCGACGAUGCGGAGGGCGACUUGGAGGCCGUGGCAUCCCUGCGGCAGCUUCAACGGCUCGACCUAUCCGUUUCCUCAAAGGAAGCAAACAUUACCGGCCAUCUGGCCAACCUGUCAAAGAUGGAGAGCUUGAGGCUGUUGGACCUCAGUCACACAAAGGUCGAAGGAAGCCUCGAGGAUUUGAGGCACCUGAAGAGCCUAGAGCGCCUGGUUCUGCCUCUUCCACAGCUCUCGGGCGACCUCGAAGCCUUGAAGGGUGCGACGGAUCUCGAGAUCCUGAUCUUGCAUCGCAGCCUGGUCGAUGGGAAGCUCGAUGCCUUGGAAAGUAUGAGCCGCCUCCGGGAGGUGGACCUGAGUGAGACGCACAUUUCCGGCAGCCUCAAUUUCCUCGAGGGCAAGGAGAAGAUGGAGUCUCUGGAUUUAGCACACACGCAGGUCGCGGGCGAGCUCGGCCCCUUGCGAGGCCACGCUGCGCUCCACACGGUGGACUUGGAUAAGAGCCAAAUCAGCGGGGACCUCUCGGCAGUGAAGAAGUUGAAAGAACUCCGAGAGUUGUCCCUCUCAGACACCGACGUGUCUGGAGACUUGGAGCCGCUGGCAGAGUUGACUGGAUUGCAGUGGCUAGAUCUGGACAAGACGGGGGUGUCGGGCCCACUCGUUCCUUUGCGAAAUCUGACCGUGCUUAGGACGCUGUAUCUCCGUGACACCAAAGUCUCGGGAGACUUGGAGGAUGUCCGGAAUCUGACCCAACUCCGGCGCUUGGACCUCAGCAGGACGGCCGUCUCCGGCGACCUGGCCGUGCUGUGGCGGCACCACGGGCUCGAAGAGCUGUUGCUGGCCGGAGUCAAAAAAGUCCACGGUGGCCUGGAAAGCCUGGGGGAAUAUACGAAAAUGAGGUUUCUGGAGCUGGCUGAGACGAACGUCUCGGGCAAGCUCAGUCACCUGAGCAAGAUGACCAUGCUGAAAACAUUGGAUCUCCGCGAGACCAGAGUCUCAGGCAACGUCAAGGUCGUAGUCAGGCUAACCGGGCUCCGGACUCUUAACCUCCGCCAGACGGCAGUCUCGGGUGCUGUGGAUGAUCUGGUGGCAGGCGGAGGUUGGUUUGGCCAAUUGCAUUUUUUGGAUCUGACUGCCACAGCCAUCGGCGGCACGCUGGCAGCCCUCGGAAAGCAAAGACGGCUGGAAACUGCGUUGUUGUCCGGGACCCGGCUGACCGGCUGGCUUUCCGACCUACAGAGCUGCAAAGACCUGCGCGAGCUGGAGCUCGCCGACAGCCAAGUCGGCGGCCUACGGCCUUUGGGAAAGGAGCAGGUGCCCCCCCAGCUCCUGCCCUCACUCGAGCGCCUGAACGUGAGCGGCUGCCCGCUAAAUGGCACCGUCGCAGAGCUCUUGGUUCCCCUCGCGGCCACGCCCUUGAAGAGCCUGGCGGCUGCCAGGAGCGGCCUCCGUGGUGAGCUGCCAAGCGAUAGCUGGGGCACCCGUCUGGAGACAAGCCUGCAAGACCUGGACCUUGCCGGAAAUCAGCUCAGCGCCAUUCCACGCCUUGGCGCAAGCGUAGAGCGCUUGCAUCUCAGCAACAAUGAAGGGCCCGUGAAGCUUGGCCACGGCGUGCUGAGCCAGGUGGUGCUGAACCACACGGAGGUGCACCUGGAGAACACGAGCCUGCAGAACCCGGAGGUGGUCCAAGAGGAGGCGCGGGGUCUCAAGGAGAAGCUGCCCUUGCAGGACUCCAGGCGAACCCUGCACCCCGAGGGCUACGCCUGCGCCCACUUCGGGCUCCCCGAGCUGCACGUCACCCCGGAGCUCUUCUUGCCCGAGUUCAUGUGCAAGUGCCAGCCCGGGCACUUCGGGAAGGGUGCCGCAUGCCAGGCCUGCCCUGCCGACAGCUUCGCAGAUGACGAAGACCAGCCGGAGUGCGAGGCGUGCCCAGCCAACAGCACUUCAGCCAAUGGCUCUGCGGCGCUGACGGCGUGCGACUGUAGCUAUGGCAAGCCUCGGGGCGAGAAGGGGAACCGGAGCUGCCAGUGUGGGGCGCACAUGGCGCAGCUUGGUGGCCUCUGUGCGCCAUGCAGCAAACUCCACAUCCACUGUCCUGAGCACGGGAGCAAAGCAGAACACGCUCCGGUGGAGCAGGGCUAUGCCCGCAUCUCCGGCUCUCCUCAGGUCUUCCGCUGCUUAGAGGCAGAGCGUUGCACGCGCUUCACGGAUUCGGGCUGCACCGCUGGAUACUCCGGGCCCCUGUGUGUGGAGUGCGCUCCUAACUACCACUCGUUCAACUUCGGCAAGCAGUGCGACGAAUGCCAGAGCCUGCGCCAGCAGUCGGUGGUCUUGGUCUUCGUGGUCUCCCUGGGAACUCUGGCGCUGAUGGGCGCCUUCCUUGCCGCAGGCUGCCUCCUGAGGAGCUACAUCCCCAAGCCUGGUCUGGGAAUGGAGUGCGCGGCGCAGCUCCUGGUGUCUCAAGGGGCGGUGCUGCUGCAGCUCGCGCAGCUCUGGGCUCUGCUGGCGCGCCUGACGAGCGCCAGGGAGGCACAGGAAGUCUUGCAGGAAGUGGUCGCGUACAAUGUCACGGAUGACGUCCCCGCCUCUGAGGAGCUGAACACGGAUCGGGACCCGCUGUUGUCCUACAUCGAAAUCCUCCAGUUCACGGGCUCGGAGUUGCAAAGCUUCCUGGACUUCCAGUGCCGCUACGACGGUGCGACCGUCCGGGGCAUCUUCGCGCUUGCCACGCCCCUCCUUCCCUUGCUGGUCCUGGUUGCAUGCGCCUGCCUGGAGCUUCGGAACCGUGGCAUGGGCAUCCAGCUGGCCCUCCGGGCCUUGACGGUCCUCUUCGUGGGAGGCGCCUCCGGCGCGGUGAAGCUGUUGGGCUGCCAGCGCACCGACGGUGAAGGCACCUGGAUACCGGAUGACCUGGCCUUCCGGCCGCUUUUCCCGUGGCUCCGGUGCUCGAAGGAGACCGCCGCAGCGGCCUGGGUGGACCGAAUCGGCUGGAGCACUGCGGCCGUCUAUGGCGGUGCGGUGCCCUGUUUCCUCGCCUUCCUCUUCUUCAGGCAGCACCGCACCAUGCGGCAGUGCAAGACCUUCUUUGUCGUCAGUGCCAACCAGGCGAGCGGCAGCGUCCAGUUGGAGCUCACUGCGUGCGCAAAGUCGGAGCACUUCGAGGAGGAGCUCCUGGCAAGGCGACUGCUGGGGGCUGCAGCGGCCCACCUGGCGGUGCAGAGGCCCGGAGAAGCUGUGGUGGAGCUCCGCCAAAACGCGGUGAUUGUGACGCAAAAUGGCAUCAGUCAGGAAGAGAAGAGCGGCGGCUUUUCUUCCAUCUCGGCCGAGAGCUUCAUGGAGAGCGACAUGAAAGACACCGUGCUGGCACGGAACUACAUGAUGCAGAUGCUUACGGAGCGCAGCGUCUUAGAGGAGGUCCAAUCUGACAGAAUGCUGAUCGGGGCGAAGCAGCUUCUUUGCAAGUACGCCUACUGCGGCGGAGUGUGGAUGGAAGUCGCUCUGAAACUGAGCUCCGCGUGCCUCGUUUCCGUCGUCUCUUCGAGGGACGGCCUUUGGCUGUCCGUGGCCAUCACCUUCGGCAUGGCUGUGAUCGUCGGCAGCGUGCGGCCCUUUGCUCAACCCCAGGUGAACGCUUUGCAGAGCUUCAGCUUCUGUUGCCUUGCUCUCGCCGCGGUGGGAUUCGCACAUCGCUGGAGCUCUCUGACCCACGUGGCCCUCCUGGCGCCGGUGGCGCUGACGGCGCUUCAACUUCUGCGCCCCGACUCCCCCGAGGCCCUGGCCCUGCGGCUGCAGCAGGAGCUGGCGAAGCAGAUCGAAGCUUUGCGGCGCGGUGAGAGUGUGAGAGUCUGCGCGGAAGAAGUGCGGCUCCUGUAA